GUAAUUUGUGUUGAUUAUAUUUUCAUUGAUUCUGAAUUUAAGAACAACUCUUCAACAAAUAUUGUUAUGUCUCGUCAGAAUACUCGUUUAGAUACCAAAAAAGUGUACUGCUUUUGAAAUAAAGCAUACUGUGUUGUAAUUGUGUAGUGAUUGACGCGAAGCGGACUACCCUGAAAAAAUGCAGCCUGAGGGGGCGGAACGCAAGGAAAACAUUAUAAUUAAAAUGGAAAAUACCGGAGAUCAGACAGUUGGUGGUACUCCGAUACAAAUUCUUCACCUUAACCAGGCGAUGCAAGAUCCAACUAACCAGCAGCUGCUGCUUCAAAGUUUACAGCAGCAUAUCGCGAAUAAUCCCACUGGCCAGCAAGUACAAGUGCUGCCAAUCGCAACUCUCUCCGGACAACCUGGAUUGGUUAUGCCGGCACCAGCGUUACAACAAACAGCACAACCUCAGGUUUUACAAUUCACACUAGACGGGGGACAAACAUUCCUCUACCAGCCAGUGCAACUGCCCGCCACUACUGAGGCUCUGCAAAAUGUCAACAUCAAUGGAAAUAUAGUUCAAAUUCCCAACCAAACAUUGGCCACGACGUCCAGUGCUACGGCUGGAGGACCGGUAGUAAUGCUUGCACCAUCUGGAGGUCCUGAUCAGAAUGCAACGCUUGCAACUGUUCCCAAUCAGAACACAUUUACAGCGUCCGUACAGGGAACGGUGCUACCAACAGGUUCGCUAAACUCCACAGCAAACAGCGGAUCCACAGUUACGGAGGCCAGUGGUACCGCACCGGCCGCCGUGAGUAAUUCUAUUGAAGCCAUACAAACCAUGGCCAGUGUGGAAUCGGAAGAGGAACCACUGUACGUGAACGCUAAACAGUACAAGCGCAUUCUCAAAAGGCGACAAGCGCGAGCCAAACUGGAAGCGCAGGGCAAGAUCCCAAAGGAGCGACCAAAGUAUCUGCACGAGUCCAGACAUCGGCAUGCGAUGAAUCGCGUUCGCGGCGACGGGGGACGUUUUCAUUCGAGUGGAAUGAAACAGGAAUUAGAUUAAGAGGGUUUUCUUUUCAAAUACAAUUUUGUAUUGUUUGUCAAACGAGAA